AGGCAUCAGCAGAGAUAGCAGGCUUUACUUCGCCCUAUUAGGCUAACUCGCUCUACGCUUUGGUUCAGGAUGGACACCUCUUCGAUUUCUCGGAGCCGACGAUGCUCCUUUAUGCUCAACUGCAAAAGCGGUCUCUCCCUCUGGCUGGUGGUGUUGCUGGUCCUCGGUAAGCCAAGUCCGGCAUCGGCGUGCCCGCACAAUUGCGUGUGCUACCCGACGCCCAUGACUGUGAGCUGCCAGGCGCAGAACUUCACCGCCGUCCCAGUCGGAGUGCCCUAUGAGUCGCAGCGCGUAUUCCUCCAGAACAACCGCAUCACGGAGCUGAGAGUUGGCUCUUUUGGAUUUGGGACUCAGGUCCUGUGGCUGUUCUCUAACAACAUCACGUGGAUUGAAGCUGGGGCUUUCAGUGAGCUGAGGGACUUGGAGGAGUUGGACUUGGGGGACAACUCCAACCUCCACAGGCUGGAGGGGGGAGCCUUCCGCGGCCUUGAGAAGCUCCAGAGCCUCCACAUGCACCGCUGCCGGCUCACUGCUCUGCCCCAUGACAUCUUCCACAAGCUUUACAGCCUGCAGUUCCUCUACCUGCAGGAGAAUAAUCUCCACUUCCUGCAAGACGACAUCUUCUCUGACCUCAUCAACUUGAGCCAGCUUUUCCUGCAUGGCAACCGAAUCCGCACCCUGUCAGAGAACGUGUUCCGUGGCCUGGUCAACCUCGACCGCCUUCUCCUCCACGACAACCGCAUCAGGCAGGUGAACCGCAGAGCCUUCCGUGACCUCGGCCGCCUCACCAUGCUUUUCCUCUUCAACAACUCCCUGGCUGAGCUACCCAGCCAGGCCCUGAGGGACACCCAGGGGAUCGAGUUCCUCCGCCUCAACGCCAACCCCUGGUCCUGCGGCUGCGAGGCCCGCGGCCUGUGGGAGUGGUUCCGUGAGGCCCGCGUCUCUUCUUCUGAGGUUAUCUGCGCAUCCCCUGCUGCCCGCCGCAACCAGGACCUCCGCUUUCUUCGUGAGAUGGACUUCGCCCCCUGUCCCCUUCCCGACGCCGGCUCCAUCGCUGGUUCCACCACCACUACCUUCAGCACCAAAACCCGCUGGUGGUUCCACAAGAACAAGCCUCAGUCAUCAACGAAAGGUGUCUUCGAGAAAGCCUCAGAGAAUGUCAAAGCUGGUUUAUAUGGUAAAGGGCCAUCCACAACAACCUCAGUAGUCAAGUACGAGUUGGGGGAGGAAGAGCUGGCGCUGCCCAAGCUCGACGCAGAAGAGUACUGGGCGAAUUACGGCAAUGAGGACUCAGGUGUCACCCUGCGAUGCUUCGAGCUUGAAUGCCCGCCUGACUUUGACCUGCCUACAUCUUCUUCCUCUCCCUCAUCGCCCUCUUUCCUCACACUCCUAGCCCUUUCUGUUUGCAGUCUCUGCUUCAACCUCCACCUGCUAUUCGGCUGAAUCUGACUCUUAGCGCGACAUCCCAUUCCCCUUUCAGCCUGUUUUAAAGGCUGUGAGGAAUCCUGUUAGACUGACACCCCCUUUGCCCGCUUUGCUGUAAGCCAAUUCUCAAGGCACAGCCAGGGAGAUAGGGGGACGGUGAGAGUCUGAAUCUACCACCUACAGGGCUUAACACUUUUCUAAGAGUUAUUCAACUAAGGUCAAGUACAUCUACAGUACUCUACAGGUAUGGCUUUAUGUCACCUGUAUGGUGUCACGUUGAGUUUCCCUGCAAUCAGGGCUAGGAGGGCUGAGUCCAUCACCGAUAUCAGUGCAAUUUGUAAAUGAUGUGUUCAUUUUGUCACCAAUAAUGGCUAUUAGUGCAUCCAAUGUACUGGCUGCUACGAAUACUACGAUUGCUGUUAGAAUCAGUGCAAGACAAUACUGUAACCACUUAAAGUGUUAUGUAAAUAGGUAUGAUCUUUUGUGAUAUCUGUGGUUCAACUUUCAUCUCCAUUUAGGAGUGCUUCUAUAGGGCAGAGCACAGUGUGGAUUAGAGUUUGCUCAAAGAGGGAACAGAUAGGAAGAUAUACUGUGAAGCUUGGAGGGGAAAGAGAGUAAGAACAAAGGAACAGCAGUGAGGAUAAUGGCAGGGAGAAGAAAGGGAGGGGUUGUUCAACAAAACAACAUUAGAAAGAGGAAGAGAUAAAAAAGGAGGGAGAAGUUGAGACAGUGUUCAUGCAGCAAUAAGAAAAGAGGCGGAGAUAACACAGCGAGGCACUGUGACAGGGACAGUGCUGGCCGUAGAAGCAGCAACAUGCGGGAGAAAAUUAAUAAAUCCACUCAUCAGCUAGUUGUACCCAUCCAUCUCACUACCAUCCACCAUUUUCUGUAAACGUGUUGUCGUCUGAGACAACAACUGUUAAAUAAUGCUUCCUAUCAGGAAGCCAGAUAUUCUGCUUUUUUGAUGUCUUUCUGUGACAUAUUGAUAUACUGUGUUAAGAUUGUUGACAUGGAUGCAGAUCAAGAUCUUGAUAAAAAAUAAUACACAGAAUAUUUCCUGAAUCAUGCUUUUUCUUUGGGGCUGAACCAACUUUAAAAAAAAGGGGAACACCAUUAACAUUCCAAUGGUUUAUGCCAAUGGCCUGACAAAUAUUUGGAAACUACCCCCAUAAUCCAAAAAGUGGCAACCUUUUGAUGUCAUGAAGUAUAUAGUCUGCAGCUGCUUCAUAGAAAUCGGCAUCAAUCUUCCCUGAUAUUUUUGGAGUGUAUUCGACAGUAGGCACAACAUGAGUUACACACUGUUUAAGUUUUUUUUAUACAUGGUAAUUCAGUGAUGAAAGCAAAAACAACAUGGAACUGAAAAAGAUCCACCAAUAAGUAGCAGAUUGCCGCCAUUUGACUAAACAGUGACUAAUGUGGAUUGAGAGGACUGACCACAUGGAGCUGAUGUCCCCUGAUGGGCAUCUGUCUGUCUUGCGUGUGUGUGUGUGUGUGUGUGUGUGUGUGUGUGUGUGUGUGUGUGUGUGUGUGUGUGUGUGUGUGUGUGUGUGUUAGUGUGGAUGAAUGGGGAUGAAUGGAGUCACAUGCUGGCAGCUCUGCAAAAGGCAAAUACGUCAGUAGGUUUGUCACCCCCAUGAAUCAUCGGUGGGCGAUGCAAGAUGGAUGGAAGAGGUGCAAAUUGGCUGAUUUGUAAAUACGCUAAGAGAGCAAGAAGAGAGAACAGGAGACAAAUUAAGAUCAGAAAAUGAUGUGAAUCGAUAGAGGAGUGGGCUCAAACCUAAAAGGGAUUGGUAAUUGCUGAGAAUGCAAGAAUAACAAUAGAUGCUUAGCAGUGGAAGUAUUGCGAAAAAAGGGAGGUGGAAGUUACCAUUUAUGGGCAUUCACUCCCCGCCUAUUGCCAUGUAGGAAUCAAGAUACUGGAGGUGUUCUGAUGCUGAAGUUGUUCUUUCCUUUUACUUGCACACCGGUUUCCUCCAUCCCUUAACGCAUUGCAAGGAAGAAAGGCAGGAAGGAGGGGUCCCCAGUGGCAGUAGAGGUGAUGAGGGCAAGGCCAAGAUGUAGGAGGAAGAGUAGGAGGUAAUGUAAGAGAUGUACACAUACACACAAAGAUCCACUUUUGAAGCCAGUUAGCCUCAGAAACAUAUGAACACAUUCUUCUUUUCUCUGUAUGGUUCAGAGAGUUACUGGAAAGCCUUGUCGAUGCCAUUCAUAGAUAAUGAUGUUUUAGGGAAAUAUUUGGAGUAAUUACUCUGUCUAGUCUCUUAUUGAGUCUCAUGGGAGGAGGUCAAACUGAGCCUGGGUGCUCUUCAGUGGUCAUGACAGGGAGCUCACUGUCAGACGACCAAAGUGCCAGUUAUACCAUAUUCAUGUUCUAUGUUUUG